UCUGAUAUUUUAUUUUGCUUCUAAUAUUCUAGAUACCUGGCAGUAAUGAUAUUUUUCAAAUUAUACUUUGAGAUUUAAAAAGCAGCAGAUGUAAAAUUCUGAGAUCAAAUCACCAUAAGGAGACUUUUCAAGGAAAUGGUCCAGAACCCAAUUCAUGCUUUCAGGGGGAAAAUUGGUGGAGCCAUUUCUCCAGAGAAUGCUGUUAGUGGGAUGGAGGGAAGGUUGGAAGUCCUGUCCUCUAGCCCAAUGAAAGAUCUUCAAAGGGACCCUUCAGAGAUUUUUCUGUAUCUCCUGCAGGUGGACCAAUGGUGGCCUGAGGUGAGCGGAUUGGCUGCUUUGAUGGCAGACCCAGGGGAGGUGGCUGCAUUGGUUCUGACAGCAUUCCAGAGUUUGCAGGCACCAAGGAUGGGCCUGCCUCCUAUAAUCCAGUUGUAAGCCAGGAGGGAGACAGAGUCAGCAAGGAAUCAUCAGAUCCUGCCCAAGAGAGCCAACUGCAUGGGUAAGAAGACCUCAUUUGAGAGAUCCUGGAGGUGGCCCACCAGAGCCUAUAAGGAGAAUGCAAGGGGCCCCCUGGAAGAGAAGGGUUCUCAGCCUGGUUAUGGAAACCCGGGGGAAAGGUCUCCAUAAUGGAAAACUCCAGAGAUGUAAAAAACUCUCCAUGAGAGAGGGAGGGAGAGUGUAGACACACACACAAGCGCACAAUAGAGAGCUCUAAGCACCUGCCAGCCCAGAGAGCCGGAAGAUAGCACCCAUUGUGGCAUUAACUCCAAUAGGAGCCGUCUUAUCACCUUGGUGCCUCCUGCCCUGGCGUUCCACCAGCAGCUCAAUAAGGAGGUGUGGGGAGAAGAGGCCGACCUCUUUCCUCCUUUCUGAGGGCAGACUUCCAGCUAAAGAGGCCCAGACUGGGUAGGGGAGAAGAUUUUGAUACUGGCUAAGCGAAGUCUUUUACAUUAAUAUUCUGCACUAUCCAUUCAGUUGCUGAAUGCAGACUAUGCCUUCACCCUUGGACUGAAUGUCACCUAAGAGGGAUCAGAAAGUCAUGGAUCUGCUGGACUUUUUUAUCCACUGAGGGAAAUAAUUCCCACUGUGAGUAAAUGUUAAAGGAAUGGUGGAAGAAAAAAAUAUUAAGUUGCAUCUGAUUGCCUUCAGAGUUGUGCUUGUUCAAAACGCUCUUGGAAUAGAGCAUCAGGUGGAAGAUGCACCACACAAGGGCCCUCAGAUGCCCUCCCUCUCCACAUGCCCUGCAGCUACCCUCCUGCCCCUGCUGUGGCAGCCUCCAGCCCUCUAAACAUGACCAGCCAUUGGAGUAGCUCAGUGGGUCUCCAGCCCUCAAAUCCUCCCAGUAUGUGAAGAAACUCAGAGGACAGCAUGUGACCUCUCCCGGUGACACUUGAGCAGCAAGAAGUGGCAAGAGAGCCUAGGCAGGUCUAUAUUUGGGCUUUCACUCAUGGCAGGCCUGUUGCUAUUUGCAGCGGGAAGCCAGCUCAUGUUACCAUCACCUCUGCACCCCAGCUGCAGAGUCCUGCUGUGAGACAGUCGGGGGCAGCCCUCUGGGGCACACAGGUAACCCAGAGGGAGAUCCUCAGUUUUCCAGCCAUCAUCCAGAAACCUUGGAGGUAAAAGGAGACCCUGUGGACCCUUAAAUCAGCAGACCCCAGGACGCCCAGUGGGAGCUGCGGGGCAGGAACUCUGCAGGUGCAGAGGCGCCAUGGAAGGGGAGGCUGCGGGGGCACCCGAACUGCGCCCAGCCCGGGCACCCCAGGACUUCCACUUCUACCCCAUGGAUCUGUAUGACCCCGAAGACCGGCUGCACCUCUUCCCGGAAGAACACUUGCAGACAGGGAGAGAAGUGCAGGCCGAGAUGACUGGCGAGCCCAAGGGGGCGGCCCCGAGAGACCUGGAGGAGGACGUGGAAGAGCUUGUCCAUUUAUACGCACUUGGAGACGGCAGCGAGUGGGACGCGGAGCUCGUGGACGGAAGCUCGCCCCAUCUGGAGGUUUGGGAGCAGCGGCCGCGCAUGGCCGGGGCCCACAGGGACUGGAGACUGGGCGCCGAGGCCGAGGCCGGGGACCGGGGCUGCGCGGGUUGGGGUGCACCUGCCCCCAGCCGGGACCUGCGAGAGGCCUACAGGUACUCGCAUGGCCGGGCCAGCGAGGAGUACGAGUGCUAUGUGAUCCCCGAGGAGGAGGACGAGGAUGAAGCCGCCUUGGUCUUCUGCGUCACUUGCAAAGCUCCGGUGAGGGCGUUGAAGGUUUCUGAUGAGCACAGAGAGCACGAGGUGACCCCACUCAGCAAGGCCCUGGAAAGCGCCAAGGAUGAAAUUCACAAAAACAUGUUCAAAUUGGAAAAGCAGAUCAUCGAGAUGGAGAAUUUUGCAAAUCACUUGGAAGAGGUUUUCAUCACGGUGGAGGAGAACUUCGGAAGACAGGAACAAAACUUUGAGUCACAUUACAACGAGAUCUUAGAAACACUCGCUCAAAAAUAUGAAGAAAAAAUACAAGCUCUAGGGGAGAAAAAGAAAGCAAAGUUGGAAACCUUGUAUGGACAGCUGGUCAGCUGUGGGGAAAACCUCGACACCUGCAAGGAACUCAUGGAAAACAUAGAGGAGAUGUGCCAUGAGGAGAAGGUUGACUUCAUCAAGGACGCCGUGGCCAUGGCUGACAGACUUGGAAAAUUCUUGAAUACAGAAACAGAUGUGGAAAUCUCUGCACAGCCCGACUUUGAAGAUCAGACCUUGGACUUCUCUGACGUAGAGCAGCUGAUGGGAUCCAUUAACACCAUUCCAGCUCCUUCUGCUCCAGUGAUAAACCCACAGACCCCUAACUCAGCCACGGGAUCCUCUGUCCGCGUGUGCUGGAGCUUAUACUCUGAUGACACCGUGGAGAGCUAUCAGCUGUCCUACCGGCCAAUGCAGGACAGCUUACCUGGGAAGGACCCAGAAGAGUUUACAAUGACUGUCAAAGAAACAUAUUGCUCAGUGACAAAUCUUAUGCCAAAUACCCAGUAUGAAUUUUGGGUCACGGCUCAGAACAGGACUGGCCCCAGCCCUGCCAGCGAGUGUGUGGUGUACAUGACAGCGCCUUCCCCGCCCAUCAUAAAAAGCAAAGAGAUACAGAGCUGCGAGGAGGCAGCGCUGAUUUGCUGGGAGUCCGGAAACCUGAAUCCCGUGGAUUCUUACACAGUGGAACUGACCCAGGCAGAAACGCCUGAACCCUCAGGUGUAACCGAGUCAGUUGUGGGCAUCCCCACUUGCGAGUCCCUGGUGCAGCUGCAUCCCAGGCAGAGCUACACGGUCUACGUGCGAGCCCUCAACAUGGGGGGGGCCAGUGCAAGGAGUGACCCCGUGACGAUCUACACCACUGGCAGCUGCUUUCACCUGAAUGAGCACACCUGCCAUCCCUGGCUGACCAUCUCUGAAGACGGGUUGACUGUUGUGCGAAGCGAAAGGAAAACCCUCACAAAGGAGCCGCUCCCUAGUAACACCCGGUUUACCAGGUGUGUUGCUGUCAUGGGGAAUCUAAUUCCAAUCAGAGGGCGCCAUUACUGGGAGGUGGAGGUGGAUGAGCGUGUGGACUACACGGUGGGUGUGGCCUUUGAAGAUGUCCCUAAGCAGGACGACCUGGGAGCAAACUGCCUGUCUUGGUGCAUGAGGCACAGAUUUGCAUCAUCGAGGCAUAAGUAUGAGUUCCUGCAUAACAAGAUGACUCCAGACAUAAGAAUAACAGUGUCCCCCAGGAAGAUUGGCAUUCUGUUAGACUAUGAAAAUUCAAAAUUGUCAUUUUUCAAUGUGGACAUUUCUCAGCAUCUAUACACAUUCAGCUGUCAGUUCUACCGCUUUGUGCAUCCGUGUUUUUCUUUGGAAAAGCCUGGGUGUCUGAAGAUGCAUAAUGGCAUUGAAAUGCCAAAGCAUGUUGCUUUCUAUUAGACCAUUUUGAUCCCCGACUUCCGUACCUACCCCUCUCAGCACUCGCCCCUCGACUGGUUGGACUUGGCAUUCAAGCACCAUGCACCGAGCACAACUUAUGGCUCACAUUCUCAUCUGGCAGACUAGUGCACUGACACUUAUUUCACCUGACCCGGAUUCCAGUCCUGUGCACUGCCGCCUGUGUGACGAUAGGCUGGUCAUUACCAGGCCCAGAUGUAAAACGAGAGCUCAGCCAACAUGAACCCAGAGGUCUUUCAAGUUGUCAAAUUGUACACAUCUAUUGUUUAUAUGCAAAGUUACCUGAAUCUCCAAGGCCUUCAGAGCUCGGGAUGAGGGGCAGUGGAAAGGAAGGGAAAAGAUGCAUAAGUGUUAAUGGCUGCAGCACAUCUGUGACAUGUCACUAGCACCAGUAACAGACUUGAGGAGGCAGGGAGCUGUCCCCAAUCAGAACCAGGGAAGCCAUGGACCAGCACCACCUAACCAGAUGUGCCUUCCCCUCUCCUAUCUUCCCGGCAGUUCAUGGCACUGCAAUGAGCACUCUGAACACCCCGUUCUAAGGACUUACCCCACUUAAACUUUGAAAUGACCUCUACCAGGCCCAAUUCCAUGAAGGCAGGCAGUGUUUUGUUCAUCAUUCAACCCCUAACGGCUAACAUGUCACAAACAGGUACAUACCACAUAUAGACUAAAUUAGUAUCUUCUUCAUCCAACCACUGCUCUGCCUAUUGAUAUUAACAGCAGCUCAGAUACUUGAAUUAACAAGUCACCUUGAUGAUCUCACAGCUCCUUAUGUGUACACACACUCCUGCCCUGCCAAGCUGGAUCACUACCCAGAAAUAAGGAAAGUAUAGCCAAUGAAGCACAGAGAUAGUUCAAGUUAUAGACACAUGUGUGUAUUCAAAA